CAGGUCUUAGAAGGGGAUGAUUCCCCAGUAAUAUUCCCUGCCCUUGAUCCAAGGUGCCGCUUGGCCUCCCUCCCAGGGAAGACUGCUUCUUGUGUGACACCAGCCAUAGAAAGAGACUCCGAUGGACUUACACCGGGCAGCCUUCAAGAUGGAGAACUCAUCCUACCUCCCCAACCCACUGGCAUCCCCAGCACUGAUGGUCCUGGCGUCCACGGCUGAGGCCAGCCGCGAUGCUUCCAUCCCUUGUCAGCAGCCACGACCCUUUGGUGUACCUGUCUCAGUAGACAAGGACGUGCAUAUUCCAUUCACCAACGGUUCCUACACCUUUGCCUCUAUGUACCAUCGGCAAGGUGGGGUGCCGGGCACUUUUGCCAAUCGUGAUUUUCCCCCUUCUUUACUACACCUCCACCCUCAGUUUGCUCCCCCAAAUCUAGAUUGCACCCCAAUCAGUAUGCUGAAUCAUAGUGGGGUGGGGGCUUUCCGUCCCUUCGCUUCCACUGAGGACCGGGAGAGUUAUCAGUCAGCCUUUACGCCAGCCAAACGACUUAAGAACUGCCAUGACACAGAGUCUCCCCACUUGCGCUUCUCAGAUGCAGAUGGCAAGGAAUAUGACUUUGGGACACAGCUGCCAUCUAGCUCCCCCGGUUCACUUAAGGUUGAUGAUACUGGGAAGAAGAUUUUUGCUGUCUCUGGCCUCAUUUCGGAUCGGGAAGCUUCAUCUAGCCCAGAGGAUCGGAAUGACAGAUGUAAGAAAAAGGCAGCAGCAUUGUUUGACAGCCAGGCCCCUAUUUGCCCUAUCUGCCAGGUCCUGCUAAGGCCCAGUGAGUUGCAGGAGCAUAUGGAGCAAGAACUGGAACAGCUGGCCCAGCUGCCCGCCAGCAAGAAUUCCCUUCUGAAGGAUGCCAUGGCUCCAGGCACCCCCAAGUCCCUCCUGUUGUCUGCUUCCAUCAAGAGGGAAGGAGAGUCUCCAACAGCAUCACCACACUCCUCUGCCACUGAUGACCUGCACCAUUCAGACAGAUACCAGCCCGGCAUCAGGGUGCGAGCUCAGAGAAGGGAGUGGACACCAGCCUCCACUGGCACCUCCUCUGCUGGGUGCUUCGGUACUGGGACUCAAACUGCAUAG